AUGGGAUCUGAGUCUGAGGAAGAAUUUGAAGCUGUAGUAAGAGAUGUGGAGGAGGCCGCAGAUGAAGUCGCAAAAACACCACCCAAAAAGUUAAGUAAAACAAAGACCACCGCAGGUAAGUCGCAAACUGAGAAUAAAAGGAAGAAACUACUAGAACUAUCAAAAGAUGGUAUUGUGGAUAAACCUGCAAGCUUCAUAAGAAAGUCAAACAAAAAUGUUGUAGAUAAAUUGUACCAUGAGUAUGAAAGUCAGAGGAUGUCAUGUGCAAGUGACUUCGAAUCAACACUUAUUAUUUCAAAGUUUGCUGCGGUACUAGGAAGUUUCGGUGCAGUGGAAUCUUCAGAGAAACUAUCAGAGGAACUACUCAGCGACAAGCUUCUGAAGGAUGAUGUAGCAUAUCUCACCAGAACGAUAUCCCCCAACAUCCCAUUCAUAGGACUCAUAUCCGGUGGUUGUACAACUGCUAAACAUGUAGUUGCUCGUAAGUGGAGUAAGAAAGAGGAGCCGGAGGAAGUGUCCGAGGAAACUAAACAUCUCCUAUUACAUACAGAAUACCACAACUCGGAGAGCCCUACGACUGGGGAAAUCCCUGGGAAGGAACAGAGUUCGAAGAUAUAA